GCAGCAAGAUGGCCAGUAAAACCAAGGCCAGCGAGGCCCUGAAGGUGGUGGCCCGGUGCCGCCCCCUCAGCCGGAAGGAGGAGGCUGCUGGUCACGAGCAGAUCCUGACCAUGGACGUGAAACUAGGCCAGGUGACCCUGCGGAACCCCCGCGCUGCCCUGGGGGAGCUGCCCAAGACCUUCACCUUCGAUGCCGUGUAUGAUGCCAGCUCCAAGCAGGCAGACUUGUAUGAUGAAACCGUGAGGCCCCUGGUAGACUCGGUGCUUCAAGGUUUCAACGGCACCGUCUUUGCCUAUGGACAGACAGGCACGGGCAAGACUUACACCAUGCAGGGGACCUGGGUGGAGCCCGAGCUCCGCGGGGUUAUCCCCAAUGCCUUUGAGCAUAUCUUCACCCACAUCUCACGCUCCCAGAACCAGCAGUACUUGGUCCGGGCCUCCUACCUGGAGAUCUACCAGGAGGAGAUUCGAGACCUGCUCUCCAAGGAGCCAGGCAAGAGGCUCGAGCUGAAGGAAAACCCUGAGACAGGCGUCUACAUCAAGGACCUGUCCUCCUUCGUCACCAAGAAUGUCAAGGAGAUAGAGCACGUGAUGAACCUGGGGAACCAGACCCGGGCGGUAGGCAGCACACAUAUGAAUGAGGUCAGCUCCCGCUCCCAUGCCAUCUUCGUCAUUACCGUGGAGUGCAGUGAGCGUGGCUCAGACGGCCAGGACCACAUCCGUGUGGGCAAGCUCAACCUGGUGGACUUGGCCGGUAGCGAGAGGCAGAACAAAGCAGGCCCCAACACCGCUGGAGGGACCGCCACACAGUCCACUGGUGGUGGCGGUGGUGGAGGGGGUGGUGGCAGUGGUGGAGAGAGGCCGAAGGAAGCCUCCAAAAUCAACCUGUCGCUGUCUGCCCUGGGCAACGUGAUCGCUGCUCUCUCGGGUAACAGGAGCACCCACAUCCCCUACCGGGACUCCAAGCUGACCCGGUUGCUCCAGGACUCUCUGGGGGGAAAUGCCAAGACCAUCAUGGUGGCCACCCUGGGGCCAGCCUCUCACAGCUACGAUGAGAGCCUCUCCACCCUGCGCUUCGCCAACCGGGCCAAGAACAUCAAGAACAAGCCCCGGGUGAACGAGGACCCCAAGGACACACUGCUGCGGGAAUUCCAGGAGGAGAUUGCCCGCCUGAAGGCCCAGCUGGAGAAGAAGGGGAUGCUGGGAAAGCGACUCCGCAGGAAGAGCAGCCGCAGGAAGAAGGCCGUGUCAGCCCCGGCCGGGUACCCGGAGGGACCAGUGAUCGAGGCCUGGGUGGCCGAAGAGGAGGAUGAUAACAACAACAACCACCGCCCGCCCCAGCCCAUCCUGGAAACAGCCUUGGACAAGAACAUGGAGAAUUACCUGCAGGAGCAGAAGGAGCGGCUAGAGGAGGAGAAGGCGGCCAUCCAGGACGACCGCAGUCUGGUGAGCGAGGAGAAGCAAAAGCUGCUGGAGGAGAAGGAGAAGAUGCUGGAAGACCUGCGGCGGGAGCAGGAAGCCACAGAGCUGCUCGCUGCCAAGUACAAGGCCAUGGAGAGCAAGCUGCUCAUCGGGGGCAGGAACAUCAUGGAUCACACCAACGAGCAGCAGAAGAUGCUCGAACUAAAGAGGCAGGAGAUUGCCGAGCAGAAACGCCGUGAGCGGGAAAUGCAGCAAGAGAUGAUGCUCCGGGACGAGGAGACCAUGGAGCUCCGGGGCACCUACACAUCCCUGCAGCAGGAGGUGGAGGUCAAAACCAAGAAACUCAAGAAGCUCUACGCCAAGCUGCAGGCGGUGAAGGCGGAGAUCCAGGACCAGCACGAUGAGUACAUCCGCGUGCGGCAGGACCUGGAGGAGGCGCAGAAUGAGCAGACCCGGGAACUCAAGCUCAAAUACCUGAUCAUCGAGAACUUCAUCCCCCCAGAGGAGAAGAACAAGAUCAUGAACCGGCUUUUCCUAGACUGCGAGGAGGAGCAGUGGAAGUUCCAGCCCCUUGUUCCCAGUGGAGCCAAUAGCAGCCAAAUGAAGAAGCGGCCAACGUCUGCAGUGGGCUACAAGAGGCCGAUCAGCCAGUAUGCUCGGGUUGCCAUGGCAAUGGGGUCCCACCCCAGGUACAGGGCUGAGAACAUCAUGUUUCUGGAGUUGGAUGUGUCCCCGCCUGCGGUCUUUGAGAUGGAAUUCUCUCAUGACCAAGACCAAGACCCCCGUGCACUACACAUGGAGAGGCUCAUGCGGUUGGACAGCUUUCUGGAAAGACCUUCCACGUCUAAAGUCCGGAAGUCCAGAUCCUGCGGUAAAGAAUCUGCCUGCAAUGCAGGAGCCGCAGGAGACUCAGGUUCGAUCCCUGGGUCGGGAAGAUCCCUUGGAGAGAGAAAUGGCAACCCACUCCAGUAUACUUGCCUGGAAAAUCCUAUGGACAGAGGAGCCUGGGCCAAGACACCCAUCACUACAUCUGUGUUCCAGUCCCUGGAAAGGGGAAAAAGGAGGAGUAGAGGGCGUGCUAAUCCUUAAUGGGAACUGGAAGUUGCAUAAUCCCGUUGGUUAGAACUUUGUCAUGCUCAUCUUCAAGGUGGGAGUCUGGGUCUUUAUUCUGGGUUGCUAAUAAUCAGGGAUUUUAUUAUGGCACAACCGUGUGGAUUGGCGCUGUGACUGGUCACAAGGUGAGCCCUGUAUUCUCUGGAUUCCUGCAAAUUCCAGAUGUGUGUUUCUGUCACGGACAACAGAGCCAAGAUUUGCAGGACUUGGACCUUAUACAGUUUUGGGGAGAGAAAGGAGAGCUCUAACCAAGAAAAAAGAAUAAAAUUAGUUACAGAAGUGAAUAGGUAGACUGAGAAAACAAAGCACUAAUUAUACAAUUUAAAAGCUGACAAAUAUCACAUCACAAAAUUCAGAAAAAUAGUAUGAUAUGCUUAUUGUUUAAAAACCUGACAGACCGCUCUAAAACUCUUUCCCUGCAUUUUCCGACUGUGCACUUUUUGGAUGCAUCUGAAUACAACCAUAACUUUGCAAUAUUUUCUAGCCAAAAAAACAUACAAAAACCCCAGAUGCAUAAUUAAUUCAGUGUCUCUUUUAAAAUGGUUGACUGAAAUUUAAAAAAUAUUAUUAUUGAGAGUUUAGUAAAGUUUCUUUGUGCUUCACUUCAUUAUUGGUGCGUGCAUGCUAACUUCAGCUGUGCCCAACUCAUUGCGAUCCUAUGGAUUGUAGCCCACCAAGUUCCUCUGUCCAUGGGAUUCUUGAGGCAAGAAUAUUGGAGUGGGUUGCUAUGCUGUCCUCCAGGGGAUCUUCCCGACCCAGGGAUCAAAUUUGCAUUUGCCUCCUGUGUUGGUAGGUGGGUUCUUUACCAUUAGCGCCACUUGGGGAAGCUGUCAUAUAUUAUUUUAGAAUUAUGAUUAAACUUGGGAAAACCUCUAUCAAAUUUCUUUCAUAUAUGUGCUACAGGAUUUCAGGGCAUUUCAAGUUAUUGGUAUAUGUGUGCAAUAACUAAUCUUAGAUACUGUUUGAAGUAACAAUACUCAUUGACCAGAUGGUUGAUGAUAUCCUAAUUGUAAUGGUUUAUUAUUAGUUUUUUAUAUCUUUGUAUGUCAGCAAUGGUGGGGGGGGAUGCAGAAAACAUACAACAUGCACACAGAUGUGUUAGCUGUUUUAGUACUGCUACAAGAUUGUGUCUGUAAACACAAGAAUUCUGAUAAAUUCUCUUUUGCACAACUUCCAUCAAAAAGAGGAAAAUGAAUUGUGUGUUUGUGAUUCGAAACACUAUGUUAUAUAUAUUCCUGACAGGAGGGAGUUUUCAUUUUGAUCAGGGAUUGAUGAGAACCAAAUUGUCUGCUUAUACUGUUUUGCAUGUCUGAAAACGGGAAGAAUUUUCUACAGACGAGCUUUUGGCUCUGUAAAUUUCAGACCCUGUCUCUCCUUCACUAUCCACCGAUGUCAGGUGCCAGGCACUGGAGGACUCUUUGUUACCAGUUUACGGUCUCUGGCCCUGCACUUGAAUAUUUUGCCACCCGAGUGAGUGAGUGGGCAGAGUGAGUCAUUAGAGGACUCUUGGCAGGUCUUCCUACCCUAGGUCAAAUAGCAAUAUUCAUCUAUACAUUUAGACUGUGCACCACAUAAAUAUAUCCCAUUGAACCAAGCUAAAUAUGUCUCCAACUCAACUUCCUUUUAAUUAGAUCUAAAAUAUACAUGUAGCCAUGUCUUGAGGAUGUCAGGGAAUUAGGAGUGGAGACAGUGGUUUUAAGUGACUACAGUAAAAAUAUCUUACUUUUAGAAUUCUUUUCCAAUUUUAUUUAAUUAAUUUUUGGCAGAGGGGCUUGCAGGAUCUUAGUUCCCUGACCAGGCACUGAACCCAGGCCGUGGCAGUGAAAGAAAGUGUCAAGUCCUAACCACAAGGCAACCAGGGAAUGUCCCCAGUUUUAUUGAGAUAUAAUUGACAUAUAGCACUGUGUAAGUUUAAGGUAUAUAGCCUGGUUAUUUUAUUUACAUCCAUCAUGAAAUGAUUUCUACAAUAAGUUUAGUGAACAUCACCUCUUAUAGGUACAAAAUUGAAGAAAUAGAAAAAAAAGAUUUUUUUCCUUGUGAUGAGUGUCCUUAAGAUUUAGUCUUUAUGGGCUUCCUUGGUAGCUCAGUUGGUAAAGAAUCUGCCUGCAAUGCAGGAGACCCCAGUUUGAUUCCUUGGUCAGGAAGCCCCGCUGGAGAAGGGAUAGAUCACCCCCUCCAGUAUUCUUGAGCUUCCCUUGAGGCUCAGCUGGUAAAGAAUCUGCCUGCAAUUCAGAAGAGCUGGGUUUGAUCCCUAGGUUGGGAAGAUCCCCUGAAUAAGGAAAAGGCUGCCCACUCCAGUAUUCUGGCCUAGAGAAUUUCAUGGACUGUAUAGUCCAUGGGGUCACAAAGAGUCAGACAUGACUGAGCCACUUUCACUUUCACUCUCUUAAAAAGCUUCAUAUAUAAUGUACAGCAGUGUUAAUUAUAUUUAUCCUUAGUACUUACUUAUCUUCCAACUGGAAGUUUGUACCUUUUGACUGCCUUUAUCCAACCUGGUUCUCCCCAACUUCCCCACCCCUUUACAACCUGUAACCACAAAUCUGUUCUCUUUUUCUAGGAGUUGGUUGGUUUCUUCGUUUUGUAGGAAAAGUGACCUACCACACAGUAUAAGUGACCUACCACAUGUUACUUCCUGAUACAUAGCAUAGUGAUUCGAUAUUUCUAUGCAUUCCAAAAUGGUCACCACAAUAAGUCUAGUUACCAUUUACUUUUAUAAUUUUUUAAAGAAACAUGUGACUAUAUGAUUACAAUGUCAGGGCCCAGGACUUCCCUGGUGGUCCAGUGGCUAAGACUCUGAGCUCCCAGUGCAGGGGGCCCAGGUUCGAUCCCUGGUCAGGGAGCUAGAUCCCACAUGCUACAACUAAGACCCGGAGCAGCCAAAUUAUUUAUUUAAAUUAAAUUAAAAAAAAAAAAUGUCAGGGAUCCUCAUUGGCCCCUGCAAGCAGGGUGUCCUGGGGUUUAAGCUUCCAUAUCUUCAUAGUGUGUCUUCCCUGGUGUCUCAGUGGUAGAGAAUCUACCUUCCAAUGCAAGAGACACAGAUUUGAUCCCUGGGUUGGGAAGACUCCCUGGAGAAGGAAAUGGCAACCCACCCCAGUAUUCUUGCCUGGGGAAUCCCAUGGACAGAGGAGCUGGACACAACUUUGUUGACUGGAUAACAACAACAGCAACAUCUUCGUAGUAAGUCCGCCUCAGUACCCAUAGGUGUGGACAGAGCUUUCUCGGCAGUGAUUCGAGUUAGAAACCAACUUUGCAUUCUCCUUGGUAUCCUAGCCCUGCUUUUCCAGUUCUCCUCUUCAUACCAGUUCCCUUCCAACCCACGUUCUGAAGACUUCUCUCUUCCUGAUAAAGAGGAUAGGCAAUAAUACACAAGUAUCACCACAGAUAAAUUUCUUAAUGUGAACCUUAACUAUAAGAUUAAUACAUGUCAAGUCAGAACAGUUAAAAUAAAUAAACAUAUACACACAUGUGCACACACAUUGGAAACUAAACAACAUGUAGAUAAAUAAUAUUAAUAGUUUUAUUUAUGUAAUUAGGCAACUAUUAACAAUGGGCAGCUAAGAGCUGUCCAACCCACCCUGGGACUGUGCCCAGGCCCUGUUCAAAGGCAUCAUUCAUGGAAGGCUGAACUUGUCCAGAGUGUUGCUUCUUAACCUGUGGGGUGUGUUUUUGUGUAUAUGCAUUUGUGUACUCAUAUGGGCACACACAAGUAUACACGUCCAUGCUAUACAGCAGGUCCUGUGGAGAAUGUGCUGUCUAUUUGGUUGGCAGUCCUCUCUUUCAAAGAUGCUUGUUGAACAUGUGCUUCCUCACACAGCCCUGUGUUUGAUCUCUCUCCAAAGAUGAGGAAGAGUUUCUAGAUUCCAGGUAUUCACACAGACAUUCAUUUUUAAUGCCAAGCCUGUGUGACCGCCAUCUCCCAAGCCAGUGCCAAACCUGGAAUGCCGCUGAUUAGAGAACAUCUUUAUUUAAAAAUAGGAGUAAAGUCUGAUGACACAGGCUGCUCUCAGUGUAGGGAAUUUAAGUGCUUGGGGUUGGCCUUCCUUCCUUCCUUCCUUUUUCACCACACCUCUUUGUCUGUCUGUCUGUUUCUCUCUGUCUCUCUGUCUCUAGAGCCAAUGGCCUACAAAAGGGAAAUCAGUACUUUAAAAAGAAAACAUGGCAGGAAGGGAUAAAUUAGGAGUUUGGGAUCAAUGGAUACACACUACUAUCUACAAAAUAGAGAAAUGACAAGGACCUACUGUAUAGCACAGGAAACUAUAUUCAAUAUCUUAUGUAACUUACAAUGGAAAAGAAUCUGAAAAAGAAUAUAUUUAUAUAUACAUUAAGGGAAGCACACUGCCUGAAACUGCCCACCCUGGCCAGGCACCAUAGUAACCAUUUGCAUGAGUAGUUUUACGACAGGAGGUAAGGAACCUGGUAAGGAACACGGAACUAAUAAGCCACCACCAACCCGAAGAGUUUGGGACAGGUCAAAAGGAGACACCACAUGUCUGAUCACCUCCCAGAAUCCUUGCUGGCAUCCAUCUUGGCUGAACAAGGCAUGCACCACCAGGAAGGACUCUGAGUCAGAAUGAUUGGCUAAAGACAACCUGGAAACUAAUCCCAUCACCAUAAAACCUGAGACUGAGAGCCAUGUGGCAGAGCUCUUCUCCUGGGUUCCCUCACCCCACUGCUCUCCACCAGAGUGCUCUUUUCCAAUAAAAUCUCUUGCUUUGUCAGCACAUGUGUCCCCUUAGACAAUUCAUUUCCGAGUGUUAGACAAGAGCCCAGUUUCGGGCCCUGGAAGUGGCCCCCCUUCCUGUAACAUAUAUGUACAACUGAAUCACUUUGCCAUGUACGUGAAACUAACACAUUGUAAAUCAACUAUAUGUCAAUGAAAUAAAAGAAAAAAAUCUUCAAAAACA